AUGGAAAAUUCUUCCGUGGCUUCUGCCUCUUCUGAGGCAGGAAGCAACCGGUCACAGGAAAUCGAGGAGCUGGAAAGAUUCAUCGACAGCUAUGUUUUGGAAUAUCAAGUCCAAGGCUUGCUGACCGAAAAAACCGAAGGGGAUGAAGAGAACGAGAAAACACAGUCCAAUAUCUCGCAGUGGACAGUUGACUGCAACCAGGAGAUAGAAAGCAGCAUGUCCAGCUACAGAGGCAAGGGGUCAGCACCCCACAAUCAAAACCAGAACGGCAACAAAAACAGCUCCCUGGACAUGCUGGGAACGGAUAUCUGGGCAGCCAACACCCUGGAGCCCUUCAGUGGGGCCACCUGGGAUUUGCAACCAGAGAAACUUGACUUCACACAGUUCCACAGAAAACUCCGCAACACUCCGAAGCACCCUCUUCCACAGAUAGACAGAGAAGGAAUCGGCAAAGGAAAAUGUGACGAAGGGGACGGAAUCAACUUAAACGACAUUGGAAAAGUUCUCCCAGCCUGGCAGGGCGGUCAGCCAUUGCCACACGAAGCAGAAAUUGCACACACCAAAAAACUCUUUAGGAGGAAGAGAAACGACCGGAGGAAACAAAGGGCUCCUGGGGGGAACAAACCACAGCAGCACCCAGAACACCAGCAAGGCACCACCAAGCACAACAAAGAGCACCAGAAACCCUCGCAAGGAGGCCCGGCGCCCCACGCCUCGGGGCAAUGUGGCCACCACGGCUACAGCCAGAACCGGCGGUGGCACCACAACCAGAAACACUCUCCCAAUGACAAAGAGACGACGCACCGGAACGCCAAAGAGACCGAGCAUCUGAAAAUAGAGGAUACCUCCGUCUGCACGGUGCACAUCCCUCUGGAGAUGCAUCGCAACCACGACGCCACCGAGAGGCCCUCGCCGCCGUAUCUCCAGGACCCCGAGAGCAAGCGGAAGGACGGCGUCCACGAGCGGAAGAACGAGAGGCCCAAAGUGAACUUGCUGCAGUCUUCCAAGGACAGGCUACGCCGGAGGCUAAAAGAGAAGGACGAAGGGGUGGUGGGGUCCACGGACCCACACAGGAACAAAAUGGACAGAUUAAUUGAGAUUCUCAACAGCAUGCGGAAUAACCCUAGCAGCGGGGUGGACGCCAAGCUGACCAGCUUCAUGGAGGAAGCCCAGAACGCCACCAACUCCGAGGAGAUGCUGGGCGAGAUCGUCCGGACCAUCUACCAGAAGGCCGUGAGCGACCGCAGCUUCGCCGGCACGGCGGCCAAGCUGUGCGACAAGAUGGCGCUCUUCAUGGUGGACGGCACCAAGUUCCGGAGUCUCCUCCUCAACAUGCUGCAG